CUCAGAUUUUCACAACAUCCAACAUGGCUGCCUCCGUAUCUUCCCUCGUUUCGUACGGCAGCGAUUCAGACUCAGAAAAUGAGUCUGAAUCUGUUACCGGUGCCGAGAAAGUGACUCCGGUGGACCCGGACGCUACGGCUCACCUUAAACCUCUGCAGUCUGCGCCCACAAUGUCUGUGGCUGUUCUUAAUUCUGCCCCGGAGGUCGCUGUUAAGGAAUCCGUUGAGACUGGCACACACCUGGACCCAUCGUUGAAAGAAGUCACUUACAACCCAACAUUUGAAACCAUGUUUGCACCCGAGUUUGGGCCAGUGAACCCUUUUAAAAGCCAGCAGAUGGCUGCCCCCAGGAACAUGUUAUCUGGCUAUGCAGAACCGGCUCACGUCAAUGACUUCAUGUUUGAACAGCAAAGGAGGACCUUCUCCACAUAUGGUUAUGCUUUAGAUCCCUCUGUUGACACACAUCAAGCGUCUUCUAAUACCUACAUCGGUGCAGUGGACGAGGCUGAGAAAAAUAAAGGGCUGACUGUGUUUGAGACGGGUCAUAAGAAGUCAGAGAAGAGGAAGAAGCUCAAAGGCGGAGAUGCUGGAGAAAUAGACAACUUCCUUGGACCAUGGGCGAAAUAUGUAGAUGAGAAAGACGUGGCUAAACCCUCAGAGGACGAGCAGAAAGAGCUGGAUGAGAUCACGGCCAAGAGGCAGAAGAAGGGACGGAAUGAGGAAGAUGCUCCAGCAGAUGAGAAGACCAUCCUCCAUGUUAAAGACAUGUAUGAUUACCAGGGCAGGUCAUACCUCCAUGUCCCCCAGGAUGUGGGCAUCAACCUGCGUUCUGCAGACGCUCCGGACAAGUGUUACCUGCCCAAGAAACAGAUUCAUGUCUGGUCUGGACACACCAAGGGUGUCAGUGCUAUCCGUCUCUUUCCCAACUCUGGUCAUCUGCUGCUUUCCUGCUCCAUGGACUGUAAAAUCAAGUUGUGGGAAGUGUACGGUGAGAGGCGGUGCAUUCGGACGUUUAUUGGUCACAGUAAAGCAGUGCGAGACAUUUGCUUUAACAACACCGGGACCCAGUUCCUCAGCGCUGCAUACGACCGCUACCUUAAAUUAUGGGACAGCGAGACAGGCCAGUGUAUCUCCCGCUUCACCAACAGGAAGGUGCCGUACUGCGUCAAGUUCAAUCCAGACGAAGACAAACAGAACCUUUUUGUGGCCGGCAUGUCAGAUAAGAAGAUUGUGCAGUGGGACAUCAGGACAGGAGAGGUGGUUCAGGAGUACGAUCGCCACCUGGGUGCCGUCAACACCAUCACCUUCGUUGACGAGAAUCGUCGAUUUGUCAGCACGUCAGACGACAAGAGUCUUCGAGUUUGGGAGUGGGACAUCCCCGUGGACUUCAAAUACAUCGCAGAGCCCAGUAUGCACUCCAUGCCGGCUGUGACUCUCUCUCCCAAUGGUAAAUGGCUAGCAUGCCAGUCCAUGGACAACCAGAUUCUGAUCUUUGGAGCCCAAAACCGUUUCAGACUAAACAAAAAGAAAGUCUUCAAGGGCCACAUGGUGGCUGGCUACGCCUGCCAAGUGGACUUCUCCCCAGACAUGAGCUACGUGGUAUCAGGAGAUGCGGACGGGAAGCUGAACAUUUGGGAUUGGAAGACCACCAAACUCUACCACAGGAUCAAGGCUCAUGACAAAGUGUGCAUCAGCGCCCUGUGGCAUCCACACGAAACCUCCAAGGUCAUCACCUGUGGCUGGGACGGACAGAUCAAACUCUGGGACUAGAGCUGUGCUGGUGGGUUUAUUUGGGACGGGGUUUCUGGGAAGCGAUGGACUAUUUGCCCCAUGGACCUGGUGAAAUAGUUUUUGAGUGAAAGCCAACGGACUGGUAUCCAGUCUUUUUGGGGAAGCCUAUUUUUGUAUCCCAUCAGGAGGCCUCAAAGUAUUUCCUCGUGUAAUAUCUGUACAAAGAUGAACACAAGCAGCUUUUAAAAAUUGUAAGGGAAGUUACAGCGGAACCCUUGGCAUUUUUUAAAUAUGUUUUUUGUUAUUUCAAUUCGCAGUGUCCUGUGUAGUACCCUUUUGAAGUAAAGAUUCUUUGUUUUCAAUUGUGAUCAUCCCUUUUUUGAAAUAAACAUCCUGUAUGUUUGA